AUGGCCUUGCAGCUCCUCGGGAGCCGCGCCCCUCUCACAAAAGAACCAUGGCGCGCCCCCAAGGAGGAGGAGGAGGAGGAGGAAGAAAACAGAUCGGCCCCCAGAUCCUCGUGGGAAGCCUUCCCCCCUGGGUGCACCGCGGGGCCUUCGGCCGGGAGGAGCGGAGAGCGGAACGCGCCCUGGGGGCGGCCGAGCACCGACACACCGAACAUCCGCGCGGAGGCCUCCGAGAGGCCACGCUCGUGCCAGCGAUGCGCCUUCGGAUGCCGAGGCCGGGUAGGGGGGGGCGCAAGAAGGGGAGCGGCAGCGGCAGGGCAAGCCUGGCAUGCCCUGCGCGCCGCCUCUGCCGACCUCGAGGAGGCGCCGCACCUGUCGCCUGGGCCUGUCCAAGCCCAGCAGGAGGAGGAGGAGGAGCGGGAGGAGGAGGAGGCCCAACAGCUUGCCCAAGAAGCAGCAGGGCAGCGAGGCUAG